AUGGAUAACUCUCUGAUAAAAGGUAUUCCAAUGGAGCCUCUCAUUCGUCUGUGGCUUUGGAAUGCCCUGGAGCUGUUGUUAUUCCUCACGGCGAUCACUGAUGGCCUCCCUGUCCUGCCCUGUUCAGCUCAUGGUUCUGCCUCAUAUUCACUGGUGUUUAAAGGCAAAUGGAGUCCCAGUGCCUUUCCCAAGCAAUACCCACUGUACAGGCCUCCUGCACAGUGGUCACCCCUCAUAGCGGUCACUCAUAAUGACAAGUACCAACUAUGGCAGUUGGAUUCCCUGGCCAGUCCUGGAGUACGGGAAUACACAGAGAGAGGAACACAUGCUACACUAACACAGGAGACCGAAAAAGCAAAGAACAAGAUGCACAGCAUUGCUGGGUUCUUCAAGGCACUAGCCAUUCCAAGUGGGAUAGGACAGAGAUCAAUUAAACUUACAGUCUAUCCAGCACACCCACUGCUGUCCUUCAUGGUACGGAUAGUCCCCAGUCCUGACUGGUUUGUCGGCAGUGACAGCAUUAUUCUGUGUGAGGGGAAUCAUUGGAAGGAGGAACUGACAUUUGAUCUUUACCCUUAUGAUGCUGGGACAGACAGUGGCUUCACUUUUUCCUCACCCAAUUUUGCAACAGUUCCACAGGACAAAAUAACAAAGAUAACAUCAGCUUUUCCCAAUCAUGGUGCUAAUUCAUUCUACUACCCCAGACUUAGACAUCUCCCACCAAUGGCACAAGUCACACUCCAGAAACAAAAGAAUUGGCAGUCAGUAAAAACAGCCACUAUCAACUUAAACUGCAUACCUCAUGGCAGGGAAGCCGAGAGGUUUUCAGAAACACCACUGGAUUGUGAGGUUUCCACAUGGUCUUCUUGGGGUCUGUGCAAUGGAGAUUGCAGUCAAUUUGGUACCAGGAGUAGGACGCGUUUUAUCCACACAAAACCUUCCAGCAGCGGAGCUCCAUGUCCAGAGCUGGAUCAGGAGAGGAAGUGCAUUCCCAGGAAUUGUUUCCGGUGA